AUGGCUGCGUCUACCACCAUAAAGUACCCGCGCAAUUUGCCUCGCGGUGUAUGGGAACUGGCCCGGUUACACACUCGUGAAGCCUGGCUGUGCUGGUAUCCUGCCAUCUGGGGGGCAUGUGUGGCCGCGGGCAUGCGAGAUGUGUCGCUGGAACUCGCUCCAUUUCUCCGUUUACUAUUUGGCAUCUGGGCCAGCGUGACAGCUACACAUUGUACAUUUUGUACAUUUAAGUACGUUCCGAAAGAAACCAUGUGCCCAUCUCCUACUGACGAGAGUACUAGCGAUAUCUGUGACCAAAAGCUUGACGAACAUGUCGAGCGAUGCAAGGUUCGCCCUCUGCCAGCUGGAAUGCUCAGUACUACUGAGGCUGUCGUGGCUUUUUCAUGUUGGCUGCCUGCCACACUCGCCGUUACUUGGGGCACACUAGGUUCGACCGUCACCGUGGGCUUCAUCCCCGUAUGGAUGCUCAGCACUAUCUACCCGUUCAUGAAGCGCAUCAUUCCAUUCCCACAAGUUGUGCUGGGGGCAAUAAUUGGUGGUGCCGUGUUCCCGGGAUGGGUGGGAAUUACUGGAGAUCUGAAGAAUCUAGAUCAAGCACUUCCUCUAUUUUUCGCCACAGCCGCGUGGGUUGUCUACUUUGAUAUCUUCUAUGCGACACAAGACCGCCCAGACGACGAGAAGAUUGGCGUGAAGUCACUCGCUGUACUGAUGGGAAGGAACGUCCAGACUCUUCUGGCGGUGCUUGGCGCUUUGCAGGUACUGCUGUUCGCUGUCACCGCGCUGCGCGCGGACAUGUCGCUCAUCUUCUGGGUGCUGGGACUCGGUGUGUGGAUGGUGAGCAUGCCGUGGCAUAUUGUGUCGUUGGAUCUCAAGGAUCGACACUCGGGAGGGCGAAUUUUCAAGUCAAAUAUCAAGUUGGGCUUAUAUUUGACCGGAGUGUCUUUGCUCGAGCUGUUUGUGGUGCGGGUAUUUGAUAUUUCCCUGGGAACCAUGAAGAUGGAGCUGCGCUGA